AUAAGUAAUAAGCAUGCUUUCCUCAAAACAUGAACAACUCGAAACAUGGCCUCUAUGCAUAGAUUAAACCUUGCAAUCCUAUUUCUCUUCAUUCAAACACUCUCCUUGAGCUUUUGUCAAGCCACUGUUCCUGCCAAUGAAACAUUCAAGUAUGUAAAUGAAGGAGAGUUGGGUGAAUACAUUAGUGAAUAUCUCGGUGAUUACCGAGCUCUAAGUGUCUUCACUUCUCCAUUUCAACUUUGCUUCUAUAACCAAACACCUACGGCCUUCACCCUUUCUCUUCGUAUGGGCUUAAGGCGCACCGAGUCGCGUAUGCUCUGGGUUUGGGAAGCUAAUAGAGGGAACCCCGUUGAUGAGAAGGCCACUUUCUCAUUCGGAACUGAUGGAAACCUAGUCCUUGCUCAUUCCAAUGGGAAAGUUGCAUGGGAAAGUGCUACGGCCAACAAAGGUGUCGUGGGUUUCAAGUUACUCCCUGAUGGAAAUAUGGUGCUUUAUGAUUCUAAAGGCGCGUUUUUAUGGCAAAGCUUUGAUUCUCCUACGGAUACUCUCUUAGUUGGCCAGUCUCUCCGCGUGGGAGCUGCCACAAAGCUUGUCAGCAGGGCUUCUCGGAAUGAAAAUGUGAAUGGGCCUUAUAGCCUUGAAAUGGAGCCCAAGGGAUUAACUAUGUAUUAUACUCCUGCUAACUCUCCAAGGCCUAUGCCUUAUUUCACAUUCUCACAGUGGUUUAACAUAACCAAAGGGGCCACUAUACAGAACAUGACAUUUCUAAGCGAAAAUGAGUAUGGUGAAGGUUUUGCUUAUAAUCUACAAUUUGGCUUGGGCGUUGCUAAUUCCCCCUACAGCGCUGGCGGCAUCCUUUCCAGGAUCAAAUACAAUACGACAUUGUCAUUUCUAAGGUUAGCAAUGGAUGGGAACAUAAAGAUAUAUACUUAUAAUGACAAAGUUGAUUAUGGUGCAUGGGAAGAAACAUAUACAUUGUUUUCGAGAGAUUCUGAUGCAUCGGAGUGUCAGUUACCGACGAGAUGUGGGAAGUUUGGGCUUUGCGAGGACAGUCAAUGUGUGGGUUGUCCAUCACCUAACGGGCCAGUUUUGGCUUGGAGCAAGAGCUGUGAGGCACCUAAGGUAUCAUCAUGUGCUGCCAAGGACUUUCACUAUAAUAAAUUGGAAGGAGUUGAUCAUUUCAUGGUGAAAUACACAGAAGGAGAUGGACCUGUGAAACAAAAUGACUGUGAAAUGAAAUGCACCAGAGACUGCAAGUGUUUAGGAUACUUCUAUCAUCUGGACACGUCAAGAUGUUGGAUUGCUUAUGAUCUUAAAACUCUCACUAGAGUUGACAGCUCAAAACAUUUGGCCUUUGUUAAGGUGCCUAAUUAGUACCUGAUUAAAUUUUCGGCAGGCGUUUGGAUUUCUGUUGUGCCUUGUAUCUUCUUCAUUUCACUUUUUGUUUACUUUCCUAAUGCGCGCAUUUAUAAUACAUGUGGCCUGGUAACAAGCUUUAAGAACAAGAAGUGAUCAUGUAUUAGCAAUAAAGGACACUUAUGUGAUUCAUCAA